UUACCCGAUAUUCUCCCACUACAGCCCUGUAUUCCGGUUUCCAAGAACGAAGUAUAGGCUUCAGCUCUUCGUGCCCGGAGCGCAUUUCACGUAGCGUUCGAAAGCUCCAGUGAGUCCAGUCAGUCAAACGCGAAGCCUCGUGUAGUGAACAUCGUGCUUACGCUUUUGAAAUCACACCUCCCGAGAGAGAGUGUGCUUACGAUGCAUGUGCUUGAUACGCGCGCACCAGUUGAGCUUUUACUAAAGUGGUGAUAUGUGAAAUAUAUUGUUCGUUCCAAGAGCAGCAAAACCAACGAUUUAUAUAUAUAUAAAAAUACAGUGCGCUUUUAAUAUUUAGUAAUAUUAUUAUUUCUGUUUGGAAGAGUUUUGUAAAAGUGUGUUUAUACUUUAUUUCAAUUGGACUUACGGCAAAUCGCCCAACGCAAAAAUUAUAUGAUGCUCGAAGAGUGAUCGCUCCGAGGUCUCUCAUUCCCCCGUUCGUCGAGACACACGUAAUUUGUGCGUUUUUUUCUCUUCUUUUUCUUCACUUCGUUUCUCCGCAUCUCUCCAUGAGGAAAGAAAUGGAAACUGCACGCGAUCUACUUAUGCUCUUCGCAGUUGCGAUGAGCUGGGCUUCGGCGGAUGCGGCCCGAUGGUCGCAUUCGGCCACUCUGAAUCCCAAUUACGUCCUGCUGUGGUCGUUAGGACCGGGCCCUCAGGACAUCACCUUCGAACUGCAGGUCAGGACCUUCGGAUACGUCGGCUUCGGAUUCUCGAGGGACGGCAGCAUGGCCGGUGCUGACAUGGUCGUCGGAUGGGUGGACAAAGGCCAAGUCUACUUCCAAGAUAGACACGUGAAAGGAAACGCACCGGACAAGGAGCCGGAAGUGGACACCAGCCAGGAUUAUCAGCUGCUCCUGGGAUACGAAAACAGCACGCACACCGUACUCAGGUUCAGCCGUAAGCUGGAUACUUGCGACCACCAUGACAUACCAAUAACGAAUGAUACCAUGAGAGUGGUAUGGUUGUACCAUAGGAGCGAACCGGUUGGUGGUGCCGUGGGUCCUGGAUCGUUGCCGUUGCACGAUGCCGAAUCUCGCGGUACUCAGUCGUUGUACCUGGUACAAAGGGCCGACCAGGAUGCGCCAGGACCAGAUGAGACAGCCCGAGAAUGGGAAUUGCGUAAUCCUGCGGUGGAGCCACCAGCCCCUGGCGACACGCUCUACUGGUGCCGUGUGUUCCGUCUGCCGAGUCUGUCCCGCAAACAUCAUUUAAUUAGAUAUGAACCGUUGCAACCGUCAGCGGCUAUGGAUGGAUUACAGCACGUAGUUUUGUACGAGUGUCAGGAUAGUGCGGAGGUUGUCGGCCUGUCGAAGAGUAUCGGUAGGCAAUGCCAUAAGCCUGGAACGGCCCUUUUGGGUUGCAACACGGUGGUGGCCAGUUGGGCUCGGGGUUCGGAGGGAUUCAGCUUCCCACCGGAGGCGGGAUAUCCUUUGGAGCCGACCGGGUCUCGUUACUAUCUGUUGGAAACGCAUUACGCCGCCCCCAGCGACGGAAGCUUAGGGGCUUUGGAGGGCACAGGGCUCCGACUGUAUUACACACCUGAGCUGCGUAGACACGACGCGGGUGUCAUUUCCGUUGGGAUAGAUCCGAAUUGGAGGCACAUCAUACCGCCCGGUCAGCAGAGGGUCGUCUCCUCCGGACACUGCGUCGCAGACUGCACGAGACAGGCAUUCCCUCACAAAGGGAUCGAUAUGUUCGCCGUCGUGAUGAAAACGCACAGGAUAGGAAGGCAGGUGGCCCUGAGGCACGUGAGGAACGGCGUCGAGCAGGCACCGAUCGCCGCCGACGAUAAUCUGGACGCGGAUUACCAGGAGUAUCGAAAGCUGGGGGCGCCCAUCAAGAUCCUGCCGGGGGAUCAUUUAAUAGCGGAGUGCGCUUACAACAGCUCCGGCCGCACAGCCAUCACUCUGGGGGGCCCAUCCAGCCGAGAGGAGACCUGCCUCGUAAUGGGUCUCUACUAUCCCAAGCAGAAGUCCCUCACUUCCUGCCACAGCUUACCCAGCUUACCCACCGUUCUACACUCUCUAGGCAUCCAGGAACUCAGCCCAGGAUCUAAUCCAGUUAAAAUAGCAGCUCCUCCAGAGUUGGCAGGCAUGACAUUCGAAGCUCGCCUAGUCUCGUACGACUGGGAGAACCAAUUCCACAGCUUCCAAGAAACAACUACGAAGGGUUCCUUCAAAGCCAUCUGCAGGACGUCGCAUUACACCUUACUACCGGGGACAGACAUCGAGGAAUUCCAUUACCCGAACAUCUCGAAGCCGUACGUGCGGAACAGCAUCGAUCAGUGCAAUUACCGGCGCUACAGCACCGAGGGAUGGCCGGGCGGCACUCCGGUCCUGGAUUUGGACAGCAAUCACAUCGAAGGCGCGGCGAGGAGUAAAGUGUCCAGGAGUAGCAGCCCAACAGCAGAAGAAUCCCUCGGUCUGAGCCGCAACAAUUCCACCAAUCAUCCAGCAGCCACGUCGCUGUCAGUGCUCCUUUCGGUGUUGCUGCUGUUCCAAGUGUUACUCAAUCGUUAAGCCGAGUGAACUGUGAUCUCUUUUCUAAUACACGUAUAAUCGAGUCAGUAUAUAUAUACACCCAAAUAUAUAUAUACACACACAAAAAAUAUAUAUAUAUUAAAGAAAUGCGAGGCCUGCUGUGAAGAUAAUCAUUCGAAUGAUUUAAAAAUUGAUAUAAAAAAUGAAGAAAUAUUAAUUAAGUGUGCGGUGUGUUCCAAAGUGAUAAAGUGACUGUGACACGGCAACGGGAGCAAAAUAAAAGUGAUCAUGUUGACGAUGAUGAUGAUGAUGCAGAGUACGAAAUUAAAGGAAUCUUCUAAGUGUAAUCUCUAGUGAAAAGCAAAAUAAUAAGAAAGAAACAAUUAACAAAAGUCCGCUUCGGUUCUUCGCAAAUGUACAUAGAACGUGAAGAUAGAGAGUGGCAUCGAUCCCUAUUUACCUAACGCAACCUCCCCUGAGAGAAUUGGAACAAAGAAACAAGCCGAAUCGGACUGGUUUUCCGCCAUUUCGCGCCGCGCCGUCUGGAGCUGUGAUGCAAAAGUAGAUUUAAGCACUGUUAGAUCAUUUCCGUUUACCGAAAGAAGAAAAAACAAACGAAAGAAGAAUAAAAAACAAAGGAAAAAAAAAUGAGUCAGAAGUCAAGCAAAACCAGAAUAAAAGAGAGAAUCAAUGCAUGGAUUAAAACAAGUUACCUUUCUCAAAAAAAAAAAUAUAAAUAAACAAACCCGAUCCUUGUUUUAGUUGCUAUCGUUGUUAGCUAAUGUAAAUCUCACACAUUUCUAAGCAAAACGAAGAAAAUGUCAUAUUUAAUUUAAACCCCCCUCCUUCCCCCAUAUACUUUCUUCUGUUUAAUUUUCGAACGGUGAGUAGAAAAUCGA